AUGAUUUUGGUUUAUAACUUUAUUGUUUUAUCUUUAUAUUUAGCUCCACCAAGAGUUGAUAAAGACAUAAGAGAUCAACAAUGUGAAGCUGGUGAUCAGUUUAAGAUUAAGAUACCAUUUAAUGGUACUGGACCAUUCAACUUUAAAUUAUUUAAAAAUGGAAAAGAAGUCCCAGAAAGUGAUAAAGUCAAAUUGUCUCCAUUUGAUGAUUUCGUCACCUUAUCAAUCAAAGAUACUGAUAUGGAGGAAAGUGGUAAUUAUAGAUUGGAGAUUAGUAAUGACAGUGGAAGUUCUUCGUGUCAAUUUAAACUUAAAGUUGUUAGUCCUCCAAGUAAACCAGGUGGACCACUACAAGUUUCAGAUAUAACUAAACACACUUGUCGUUUGUCAUGGAAAAUACCUCGUGAUGAUGGUGGCAGUAAAAUACAAGGCUACUGUGUGGAAAGACAAGAAGUUGGCAAACCAUAUUGGGUUACUGUUUCUUCAUUAUGUAAAGACACAGCAAUGGAUGUACAAGGAUUAUAUGAAAAUUCUCAGUACCUAUUUAGGGUUUCUGCAGUUAACAUUCAUGGAAAUUCAGAACCCUUGGAAGCUGAAUCAGCGAUAGUUGCUAAAAUGCCAUUUGAUUCACCUGGUAGUCCUGGAGUUCCUGAAGUUACUGAAGUUGGCGGUGACUUUGUUAGUUUGACUUGGUCUAAACCUGCAUCAGAUGGUGGAGGACGUAUUACUGGAUAUUGGAUAGAGAAAAGAGAACAGGGAACAGACAACUGGUCUCGAUGUAAUGUUCAACCUUGUAUAACUAAUAUGUAUAAUAUUCCUAAUUUGAUAGAAGAUAGAAAAUAUGAAUUCCGAAUAUUUGCUGAGAAUGAAGCUGGCAUGAGUAAACCAUCCAUGGCUUGCAAUGCUGUCAAAAUAAAAGAUCCUAAAGCUGCAGUAACACCAGAAUUUGUGUCAACACUACGAAUGGUCCAGGCAGUUGAAGGUAAAACUGCCAGAUUUGAAUGUGAUGUUAAAGGAUCACCUAAGCCUGAGAUACAAUGGUAUAAAGGUUCUAGAGAACUAUAUGAUACAGAUAAAUUUGAAAUCUUAACAGAAGGUGAUAAGCAAAUAUUACUUAUACAUAAUAUAUACGGUGAAGAUGCUGAUGAAUAUUCUUGUCGAGCUUCAAAUAAAGGUGGAAGUAAAACAAGUAGAGCUGAACUUUCCAUAAGAUCACCACCAAAAAUAAAUGUACCACCAAGAUUUAGAGAUGUUUGUACUUUUGAAAAAGGGGAAAAUGUUACAAUUAAGAUUCCUUUUACUGGUAAUCCUAAACCUAGUGUUAAAUGGAUUAGAGAUGGUGAUGAAUUAAGAGGUGCACAUUAUGAUAGUGAAGUAACAGAGAGACAUGCUAUCUUAACUAUUAAACAGGCAUCUAAAGAUGAUGAUGGUCCAUAUAGAUUACAAUUAGAGAAUGAUUUAGGUACAGAUUCUACAGUCAUUAAGAUACAAGUUAAUGAUCGACCAGAUCCACCAAGAUUUCCAAUUGUUGAGAAUAUUCGAGAUGAUUCUGUUGUGUUAUCAUGGAAAGCACCAUUGAACGAUGGCGGCAGUUUUAUAACUGCUUAUGCAAUCGAGAAAAGAGAACUUCCAUCUAACCAUUGGUUAAGAUGUGCAUCUACAAGAUUUGCAUUUCAUAAUGUUACUGGGCUCUCAUCGAACAAAGAAUAUGAGUUCCGUGUGACUGCUGAAAAUUUCUACGGUAAAAGUGAGCCAUGUGAAGCUACUGGUACAAUUAAAACAGAGGAAACUGACGAUGUCAAAAGGAAAAGAGAAAUGGAAGAUGAAUUUGGUAGACGUGUGCGUGGUAAAUAUGAUGGUCCAAAGAUAAAUGACUAUGACAAAUUUUAUGAAGAUAUUUGGAAGAAAUAUAUUCCACAACCUGUAGAUAUAAAGACAGGAAGUGUUUAUGAUUAUUAUGAUAUACUUGAAGAAUUGGGAAGUGGUGCUUUUGGAGUCGUUCAUCGUUGCAUAGAGAAGGCUACAGGCCGAGUCUUUGUUGCUAAGUUCAUUAACUCUCCAUAUCCCUGUGAUAAACUGACAGUUAAAAAUGAAAUAAGUGUCAUGAAUCAACUUCAUCAUCCAAAACUGAUAAAUUUACAUGAUGCUUUUGAUGAUAAAUAUGAGAUGGUUCUUAUACUUGAAUUUUUAUCUGGUGGAGAAUUAUUUGAUAGAAUAGCAGCAGAAGAUUACAAAAUGUCUGAGGCUGAAGUUAUUAAUUACAUGAGACAAGUGUGUGAAGGAUUAAAGCAUAUGCAUGAAAAUAGCAUAGUUCAUUUAGAUAUAAAGCCAGAGAAUGUUAUGUGUGAUACUAAAAGAGGCACAAAUGUAAAAAUAAUUGAUUUUGGUUUAGCAACCAAACUGAACCCAGAUGAAAUAGUUAAGGUAACCACUGCAACAGCAGAAUUUGCUGCUCCAGAAAUAGCAGAAAGAGAACCUGUAGGUUUUUACACUGACAUGUGGGCUGUUGGUGUGCUUGCUUAUGUUUUAUUAAGUGGUUUGUCUCCAUUUGCUGGUGAAGAUGAUUUGGAAACUCUUCAGAAUGUUAAACGAGCUGAUUGGGAAUUUGAUGAAGACUCUUUUUCAAGUGUUUCUAAUGAGGGAAAGGAUUUUAUUAGAGCUUUACUUCAAAAGACUCAAAUAAAGAGAAUGACUGUUCAUGAAGCACUAGAACAUCCCUGGUUGAAGGGUGAUUUAAGUGACAGAACAAGCAGGAUACCAUCCAGUAGAUAUGAUAAAAUAAGACAAAAAAUCAAAGAAAAAUAUGCUGAUUGGCCACAACCAAUGCCAGCAAUUGGUAGAAUAGCUAAUUUUAGUUCCCUUCGAAAACACAGACCAAAAGAAUAUCAAAUAUAUGAAAGCUCGUUUGAUCGACGUGAGGCUGCCCCAAGGUUUGUUAGAAAACCACGUAACGUUCACGUUAGUGAGGGUCAAGUUGCAAAAUUCGAUUGUAAAAUUGUUGCAGCAUCUCCACCUAUCAUCACAUGGUAUUUAGAUAACAGUUUAUUAAACCAAAGUUAUAAAUAUAUGCAGAAAUAUCAUGGUAAUGAAUUUGAAUUAAAAAUGAGCCGUGUUACAACAUCUGAUAAGGGGGAAAUAAUGGUUCGUGCUGAAAACUCCUUUGGAAGAAAAGAAAGUUCAGCAAAAUUGAUAACACCAUCCCUUAAUAAGCAGUCAGCUUAUGCAAGGGAGACAACUCUGAUUGUCUAUAGACUAAAGAGAGAUAACUCUAGUUGGAGAAGAGAGGAUUAUGAAGCUCCAAAUUAUACGUUUAGCCUGCGACCACGUCUUAUACAGGCUGGUUCUGAAUUUAAACUCAUUUGUUGUGUAAAAGCACAUCCUGUUGCUAAGGUUACAUGGUAUAAAGAUGGCCGUGACAUUUCAAAUAAUGAUUAUUACAACAUUGAAUAUUCUUCUGGAAUUUGCUCAUUAGAAGUGAUUAUGGCUAGAGUGGAGGAUACAGGAAAGUAUACAUGCAUUGCUGUAAAUAAUUUAGGAGAAGAAGAAUCCACAUGUCAUGUAGAUGUCGAAGGUAAUUUUGUUUUUUUGUUGUAUAAAGUAUUCAAUUCAAAACAUCACUCCUAUCCACUUUAUUUUGGAAGUUUUCUUGAAGCUUCACAAGACCUGUUGGUUUUUGGUAUGAAUUAA